AUGUCCCAUUCAUGCCAAAGUAACUCUCUGCAUUGUCUUUCCUCCAUUUUGGCUCCUCAGUAUUCCUGUGCCCCGGCUUGCUGCGAGGGGUGUACCAGAGCGAACACCUCUUUGAGUCGGACCACCAAUCCGGUGCCUGGUGUAAAGACCCCCUCCAGGCCUCCGACAAGAUCUACUACAUGCCCUGGACACCAUACCGCACGGACACGCUGACUGAGUACUCCUCCAAAGAGGACUUCAUCGCAGGGCGACCCACGACCACGUACAAAUUACCGCACCGCGUCGACGGCACAGGCUUUGUAGUAUACGACGGCGCACUGUUCUUCAACAAGGAGCGCACGCGCAACAUCGUCAAGUUCGACCUGCGCACACGCAUCAAGAGCGGCGAGGCCAUCAUCGCCAACGCCAACUACCACGACACCUCGCCGUACCGCUGGGGCGGCAAGUCAGACAUCGAUCUCGCUGUAGACGAGAACGGCCUGUGGGUCAUCUACGCCACGGAGCAAAACAACGGGCGCAUUGUCAUCAGCCAGCUCAACCCUUACACCCUCCGCGUAGAAGGAACCUGGGACACCGCCUAUGACAAGCGCUCGGCGUCCAACUCCUUCAUGAUCUGCGGGAUUCUGUACGUGGUGAAGUCGGUCUACGAAGACGACGACAACGAGGCGACUGGGAACAAGAUUGACUAUAUCUACAACACUGAGCUGAGUAAAGAUGGCUUCCUGGACAUCCCCUUCCCCAACUCGUACCAGUACAUCGCCGCCGUGGAUUACAACCCGAGGGACAACCUACUGUACGUGUGGAACAAUUAUCACGUGGUCAAGUACUCGCUGGACUUUGGUGCAUUGGACGGUAGACCAGGUAGGCCACAUAUUCAUAUUUUUUCGCUCUUCUAUUUCAUGUCUUUCACUAGCUUGUUGGUAAUUCAGAGAGUUGUUGGUAUCUUUGGUAGAUAUAUUUAUGCUUGCAGUCGCUUUGAUGGCAAGAGAAGAGAAGAGGAGGUUGUUGACGAGGCUACAGUGUGUAGAUAGAAGACAUAUGGUUUGUUGUCAUGAACAUUUUCUCAAAGGUCUUUACUUUAAGUCAGGGAAACACUGUUAAAAAUGUAUACAUUUUAGCACAUUUCAGUGUUGCGAUAAGUGUAAUUGAAUACAAACAGCAUCACUUUCAUACUCAUGGCCUAUGAAUGUCACCAUCAGUUGUCAUGUUCCUAGCUUGUUUGACACUAUGAUUGGUGGGCUUUUUUAAUUCGAGAGUAAAGAGCAGAGGAAAUGAAGAGGAAGUAUAUGUAUUGUUACACAUUAGCACCAUUGCGAGUGUGUGGGUUGGUGAUAAUUAGCUAUGGAAUAUGAUACCUCAAUGUGUCAUCCAUCUUGUUCCAUUUAAUUAAACCCCUUGAAUGAUAGAAAAAAAAACAAGCAAACAACCACACACCAGCUGUGGGAAAAUGUAAUAACUGCAGUCACAUUAUUGUUUUACGAGACAUUUUAACUGUUGGCGAACAAAAGGAUUUGCAUUCGAAAGAAAACAAAUAAUUGUUUGCUGUCACGUGAUUGGGUAGUUAUGUUUUCUCACGGGGAUCGUAUUUUAGGCAGUUGUUAUCCCUAGUUUCUGCUAUUUAUUAGAUAUUACAUUAUUUUCUAUAUAAUUCUGACAAAGAAGGUGAAUAGAACUACAAGAGUUGUUUGUUUGCCUUUUUAGUCUUUUCUCAAAGUUUGUCUCUCUCUCUUUUACAGUACAUGUCACCUUUGUAAAGACAGAGAUCACUGCUCUCAUUAAACUUGCCAUAACUCUUUUUAAGAAAGUAAAAAUUAUUCCCUUUGAUGCUCUUUCUUUAAAGUAGUCAUCAAGCCUACCCAAAAUUGUUUUGCAAUGCCGAGGUAAUUCUUUGCGCUGGCUCAUUAACAGCCUAGUCUGAAUUAUCACAAGUUAUUUGGCUGUGAAGUCUUUACCAUCCUCAUCGGUGGAAAUCGCAGCCUUCACCUGCAGUUUUUAAAUGAAAUUACAAUUUUCCCAGAAUCUCAGCUGAAAUGCAUAUGGACAAUUCCACAGUAUAUGCUGAGACUCAGAUUUUUCCCUUUAAAAUGUAUGCCAAACACAAAUCAAUGAUUGCAAAGUGAAACAGACCAUACAACUUUAUGCACAAUAACUAAUUUUAACAAUUUACACUUUAUUUGGAUAGUCCUGAUAUUCCAUCUGUAGAUGCUCUACAGCAGGGUUUCCCAAACUCUGUCCUCGGGACCCCAAGGGGUGCACAUUUUGGUUUUUGCCCUAGCACUACACAGCCGAUUCAACUAAUCAUCAAGCUUUGAUAAUUUGAAUCAGCUGUGCAGUGUUAAGGCAAAAACCAAAAUGUGCACCCCUUGGGGUCCCGAGGACUGAGUUUGGGAAACGCUGCUCUACAGUAGGGUUCAUUUUUUUUUUAUUUUUUUUUUUGUCAUUUAGCAGACGCUCUUAUCCCGAGCGACUUACAGAGCAAUUAGGUUAAGUGCCCUUGCUCAAGUCACAUCGACAGAUUUUUUCACCUAGUCGCUCGGGGAUUAGAACCAGCGACCUUUCGGUUACUGGCCAAACUCCUUACCCCUAAGCCACCUGCCGCCCGGUCAAUAGUUUGUUUGAAAGUAUCUGUCGAUAAGCAACUGCUUGCUAAGGUUAAGGUUAGGUUUAGAAUAAGGGUAAGGGUUAUGAUAAGUGUUAAGGUUAGUAGAUAGUUAGCUGAAAUGUUACUGAUAGUCUGUAGAUAGCCUGUAGACUGUAGGAUUAUCCCAAAUAUAUUUCUUAUUUUUUAAUUUUUUUGUACAAAAACACAUUUACUCGAAGAACGUGUUUGGUAACAUAAUGACAGCACAGACAGCACAAACCGUCAUUCUUUAACCAACUUUUCUUCAAGUAAAUGUGUUUAUGUAGAAUGUGCUGUGGAAAUUGUUGAAAGUAGUCUUUGUGCACGUAGUUGUAUGGUUUGUUUAACUUUGCAAUCAUUGGUUUUUGUUUGGCAUACAUGUCAAAGUGAAAAAUUGGUGUCUAAGCAGCACUCUGUGACCGUGGAAUUGUCUAUAUCCAACCUAGUCUAUUCAUCAAAGGCAGCAGAGUUCUGUUAUGUGAUUUUACUUAUGCCUGAGGUUUCACUUUCCACAACACAUAGGAGCUACACAUAAUUGCUUCCCCUGUUGUUGCUUAAAGGGAAAAUACACCCAAAACCACUCAUUCCUUUAAUUUAAAGUGUUAAAUAACACUAUGUGAGAACAAUAUUUUUUGAAAACAAAUGUUUCAUUUUGGCGUUAUAUGUAUAAGUUGGUAGCAACAUGUAAAAAUUGUUGUGGCAAUCUGUUGCAGUUCAAGUCAACUACAAAAUCCACAAUGCAAUGCUCUCGCUAUGGGCUUGCUGGCUAGCUAGCAAACGUAGCUACACACAAUAAUACCAAAGACAAUAUCAGCAUGUAAAGUAGCUAGUUAGCUGUAAAAUCGCCUAAACAAACUGCACUAUCAAUUUAGGAGUCUACAAUCUCAACAUGUUCAAAUUGCAUAUCAAUGUGCCUCACAGAGUGGAGUUUGACAUUCGCAACGACAGAUAUACUUUUGAAGAGAUGGGAAACGUUGCCCAUGCUACAUCAAUUGUCCGCACAGUGCAUUAUGGGCGAUUCUGGGACAAGGAGCACUCUCCUUCAAGGAGUGAAUGGGAGUCUAUUGGGUGCUAGCUCAAAAACCCAACAUUAGCAUGCAUUUUGUCAACAAGAAGUACAACAUUACAAAUAUUUUCCAAGAUGUAAGAUAAUUAACUUGCUAUCUGUAAUGUCGUAUAGCUUUGGAAUCGUGACAUUACGUACCUAUGAGGAAAAUAGGCACGUUUCUCGACAUACAGUGCCUUGAAAAAGUAUUCAACCCCCUUGCCAUUUUUCCUAUUUUGUUGCAUUACAACCUGUAAUUUAAAUUGAUUUUUAUUUGGAUUUCAUGUAAUGGACAUACACAAAAUAGUCCAAAUUGGUGAAGUGAAAUGAAAAAAAUUACUUUUUUUUUUAAAUUCUAAAAAAUAAAUAACGGAAAAGUGGUGCGUGCAUAUGUAUUCACCCCCUUUGCUAUGAAGGCCCUAAAUAAGAUCUGGUGCAACCAAUUACCUUCAGAAGUCACAUAAUUAGUUAAAUAAAGUCCAUCUGUGUGCAAUCUAAGUGUCACAUGAUCUCAGUGUAUAUAUACACCUGUUAUGAAAGGCCCCAGAGUCUGCAACACCACUAAGCAAGGGGCACCACCAAGCAAGCGGCACCAUGAAGACCAAGGAGCUCUCCAAACAGGUUAGGGACAAAGUUGUGGAGAAGUACAGAUCAGGGUUGGGUUUUUUAAAAUAUCCCAAACUUUGAACAUCCCACGGAGCACCAUUAAAUCCAUUAUUAAAAAAUUGAAAGAAUAUGGCACCACAACAAACCUGCCAAGAGAGGGCCGCCCACCAAAACUCAUGGACCAGGCAAGGAGGGCAUUAAUCAGAGAGGCAACAAAGAGACCAAAGAUAACCCUGAAGAAGCUGCAAAUCUCCACAGUGGAGAUUGGAGUAUCUGUCCAUAGGACCACUGUAAGCCGUACACUCCACAGAGCUGAGUGGCCAGAAAAAAAGCAAUUUCUUAAAUAAAAAAAUUAGCAAACAUGUUUGUUGUUUGCCAAAAGGCAUGUGGGAGACUCCCCAAACAUAUGUAAGAAGGUACACUGGUCAGAUGAGACUACAAUUGAGCUUUUUGGCCAUCAAGGAAAACGCUAUGUCUGGCGCAAACCCAAAACCUCAUCACCCCGAGAACACCAUCUGCCAUGGUGGUGGCAGCAUCAUGCUGUGUGGAUGUUUUUCAUUGGCAGGGACUGGGAAACUGGUCAGAAUUGAAGGAAGGAUGGAUGGUGCUAAUAAAUACAGGGAAAUUCUUGAGGGAAACCUGUUUCAGUCUUCCAGAUAUUUGAGACUGGGACGGAGGUUCACCUUCCAGCAGGACAAUGACCCUAAGCAUACUGCUAAAGCAACACUCAAGUGGUUUAAGGGGAAACAUUUAAAUGUCUUGGAAUGGCCUAGUCAAAGCCCAGACCUCAAUCCAAUUGAGAAUAUGUGGUAUGACUUAAAGAUUGCUGUUCACCAGCGGAACCCAUCCAACUUGAAGGAGCUGUAGCAGUUUUGCCUUGAAGAAUGGGCAAAAAUCCCAGUGGCUAGAAGUGCCAAGCUUAUAUUUUUUACAUUUACAUUUUAGUCAUUUAGCAGACACUCUUAUCCAGAGCGACGUACAGUUAGUGAGUGCAUACAUUUUCAUACUGGACAUACCCCAAGAGACUUGCAGCUGUAAUUGCUGCAAAAGGUGGCUCUACAAAGUAUUGACUUUGGGGGUGUGAAUAGUUAUGCACGCUCAAGUUUUCUUUUUUUUGUCUUAUUUCUUGUUUGUUUCACAAUAAAAUGUAUUUUGCAUUUUCAAAAUGGUAAGCAUGGUGUGUAAAUCGAAUGAUACAAACCCCCCAAUGUAGACACUGACUAGCCGAUGUGAGUAAGACUUUUAAGCAGGUCAACAUUCACAAGGCCGCAGGGCCAGACGGAUUACCAGGACGUGUACUCCGAGCAUGUGCUGACCAACUGGCAAGUGUCUUCACUGACAUUUUCAACAUGUCCCUGACUGAGUCUGUAAUACCAACAUGUUUCAAACAGACCACCAUAGUCCCCGUGCCCAAGAACUCUAAGAUAACCUGCCUAAAUGACUACCGACCCGUGGCACUGACGUCUGUAGCCAUGAAGUGCUUUGAAAGACUGGUCAUGGCUCACAUCAACAGCAUAAUCCCAGAAACCCUAGACCCACUCCAAUUUGCAUACCGCCCCAACAGAUCCACAGAUGAUGCAAUCUCUAUCGCACUCCACACUGCCCUUUCCCACCUGGACAAGAGGAACACCUACGUGAGAAUGCUAUUCAUUGACUACAGCUCAGCAUUCAACACCAUAGUGCCCUCAAAGCUCAUCACUAAGCUAAGGAUCCUGGGACUAAACACCUCCCUCUGCAACUGGAUCCUGGACUUCCUGACGGGCCGCCCCCAGGUGGUAAGGGUAGGUAACAACACAUCUGCCACACUGAUCCUCAACACGGGGGCCCCUCAGGGGUGCGUGCUCAGUCCCCUCCUGUACUCUCUGUUCACCCAUGACUGCAUGGCCAGGCACGACUCCAACACCAUCAUUAAGUUUGCCGACGACACAACAGUGGUAGGCCUGAUCACCGACAACGAUGAGACAGCCUAUAGGGAGGAGGUCAGAGAUCUGGCCGUGUGGUGCCAGGACAACAACCUCUCCCUCAACGUGACCAAGACAAAGGAGAUGAUUGUGGACUACAGGAAAAAAAAGAGGACUGAGCACGCCCCCAUUCUCAUCGACGGGGCUGUAGUGGAACAGGUUGAGAGCUUCAAGUUCCUUGGUGUCCACAUCACCAACGAACUAUCAUGGUCCAAACACACCAAGACAGUCGUGAAGAGGGCACGACAAAGCCUAUUCCCCCUCAGGAGACUAAAAAUAUUUGGCAUGGGUCCUCAGAUCCUCAAAAAAUUCUACAGCUGCACCAUCGAGAGCAUCCUGACUGGUUGCAUCACCGCCUGGUAUGGCAACUGCUUGGCCUCUGACCGCAAGGCACUACAGAGGGUAGUGCGUACGGCCCAGUACAUCACAGGGGCAAAGCUCCCUGCCAUCCAGGACCUCUAUACCAGGCGGUGUCAGAGGAAGGCCCUCAAAAUUGUCAAAGACUCCAGCCACCCUAGUCAUAGACUGUUCUCUCUGCUACCGCACGGCAAGCGGUACCGGAGUGCCAAGUCUAGGUCCAAAAGACUUCUCAACAGCUUCUACCCCCAAGCCAUAAGACUCCUGAACAGCUAAUCAUGGCUACCCGGACUAUUUGCACUGCCCCCCCACCCCAUACUUUUUACGCUGCUGCUACUCUGUUAAGUAUUUAUGCAUAGUCACUUUAACUCUACCCACAUGUACAUAUUACCUCAACUACCUCAACUAGCCGGUGCCCCCGCACAUUGACUAUGCAACGGUACCCCCCUGUAUAUAUAGCCUCCCUACUGUCACUUUAUUCUAUUGUGUAUAUAUAGCCUCCCUACUGUCACUUUAUUUUUACUUCUGCUCUUUUUUUCUCAACACUUUUUUUGUUGUUGUUUUAUUCUUACUUUUUUUGUUUAAAAUAAAUGCACUGUUGGUUAAGGGCUGUAAGUAAGCAUUUCACUGUAAUGUCUGCACCUGUUGUAUUCGGCGCAUGUGACCAAUAAAAUUUGAUUUGAUUUGAUUUGAUUUGACUUUGAGAAGGGAUUGCGUGACGAUUAGCUUAGCAACCGCGUGAUGCAGCAUGACAACGUGAACGCGAUUGGUCUACAGUCUGCUGGGUGGGGCGUUAUAUGUUCCUUCAUUCAUUGGAUUGCUAUCUCCUUUCUAUAAUAUCUCUGGCAACGGCACCAUGCAAUGCACCCUGGACUAAAGAGGCAGAAAAAUAGGAAAAAUGUGCUAGACCCUCCGUUAAAUUACAAAUGUCUCGAGGUAGGAAUAUCGCGAAAAUAUGAUCAAUGGCUCAUUCGAGAGAAGACAUCCUCCUGAGUUAUGACAUCUGCCAGUAUUGAAAUCUGACAUGUAUGAUAGACGUUUUUGCAAUGUAAAAGUCGUAUUCAUAUUAACUUCCAAAUGGAUUAACCUUUCCUUUAAGCAAAAACAACAUUUGUUAGGUGCUUGCCUUAUUAAAUGGUGUUGUAUCAAGCAGUGCUUUUACAUGCAUUUGGGAGGCAAGCUGCAGAACAUUACCUGGUGACGCUCUGCCAACUUUGUUUUCACUCCUCCCCACACACACAACACCCGCUCUCUCUCUCUCGAAUAGAGUAAUGGACCUUUCAGUCUCCAGGGAGUAUCAGUUCAGUAUCCCAUGGUGCGGAAUGGGCUGACCUCCAAACGGCGGCGAGCAAGGAGGCUGCUGACAGAGGAUUGGAAGGUAGAGGGAAAAAGAGAGACGGACACAGUUGAUAAAUCCAUUUAACUGAUACAUAAAGUAGAUAGAUGAGGUGUCCGUGACAAACAGCGCCAGAUAAACAGACUGAUCUGGAGUGAAUGAUUGAGUCAAAUGUCGCACGAUAGAUUGGUCGAUAGGUAGAUUAACGUAUACUAUUUGGUUCCAGAUUUUUUAUGUCAAUUCAGAUGGGUAGAUUGCAUGUCUCAUUUCAUGAAGGAUUAGGCAAGGAGUCUGGUCAUCAUCAAAGUGAUCAGUAUGGAUUAAUGUUAUGAGUUGAUAUUAUGGGUUAGCCAUCAUCACACUUUAGGUACUGUAUUUCCAUGAAAUGCCUUGCUACAGCUGUUGCGCAACACAAUUGACCAGUCAACCAUGUCAACCUCACCUGUACCUUACUGCAGCGAACCAAGACACAAUUAUCAAAGUCCAUCCAUACGCAUGAGGGUGACAUACACAGGUUAUGCUUUCUCCCUGACCAGACCACUGAUGACAUAAUCACAGGGGGUUAACACCACAGGCGAGGUGAUGUUGCGUAAGAUUCCCGCCGCACAGGCUCAGUACCACCUCUCCCCCACCUCCCCCACCCCCAUAGGCACGCGACGCAUGAGCUGCUAUGGCGAUGGAGCAUGGGAAAUGGGCAACGGAGCAGGGGAGUCAUGUCAUUGCCCACAGCUGGGUCUUAGCUCAGCAUGCCAUGCCACGCGGCCAUUGGCACAGGCGUUUUGCAUGGGAUUCUGGGAAUGCAUUUUUGGAAUGGUGUUUGGUUUUCCCUUUUGUAGUGGAUUUGAUUCGUGGAGGUGGUUGGGUGCAUAGUCUUAUAUCAUGAUGAAUUGUGAUGCAUAGGUGUGCAUUGUUUCUGAUUGGUUGAUGGAUGAAACGAAAUAAGAUAACGAGAACAGCUGUGGAUACUGUAUACAUGCUGUAUGACUGAUGUUUAUUCCAUCAAAUUUUGUGGAAAUAGUACAAAUAUAUUGCAGAAAUGUUGCAGCUAGAUAUAUCUCAUCAUAUUCCGUGUUACAUACUUGAGAAUGACACUGGACAAAUUGAAAAUAAUCAAAUUGCUUAGUGGACAUCAUUUGUAUUUCUGCAGGCAAGGCAGUGGUACGAUUAACUCCCGAGUGGCGCAGUGGUCUAAGGCACUGCAUCGCAGUGCUAGCUGUGCCACUAGAGAUCCUGGUUCGAUUCCAGGCUCUGUCGUAGCCGGCCGUGACCGGGAGACCCAUGGGGCGGCGCACAAUUGGCCCAGCGUCGUCCAGGGUAGGGGAGGGAAUGGCCGGCAGGGAUGUAGCUCAGGGAUGUAGCUCAGUUGGUAGAGCAUGGUGUUUGCAACGGCAGGGUUGUGGGUUCGAUUCCCACUGGGGGGCCAGUAUGAAAAAAAAUAAUGUAUGCACUCACUAACUGUAAGUCGCUCUGGAUAAGAGUGUCUGCUAAAUGACUAAAAUGUAAAUGUAAAUUAACAACAAUUUGUUACAAGAGCAUAAUUUAGCAAUAAGGCAUGAGGGGGUGUGGUAUAUGGCCAAUAUACUAUGGCUAUGGACUGUUCUUAUGCACGGCGCUACGUAGAGUUCCUGGAUACAGCCUUUAGCCGUGGUACAGUGGCUUGCGAAAGUAUUCACCCCCCUUGGCGUUUUUCCUAUUUUGUUGCCUUACAACCUGGAAUUAAAAUUGAUCUUUGGGGGGUUUGUAUCAUUUGAUUUAUACAACAUGCCUACCACUUUGAAGAUGCAUUUUUUUUAAAUUGGGAAACAAACAAGAAAUAAGACAAAAAAAACUGAAAACUUGAGCGUGCAUAGCUAUUCACCCCCCCAAAGUCAAUACUUUGUAGAGCCACCUUUUGCAGCAAUUACAGCAGCAAGUCUCUUGGGGUAUGUCUCUAUAAGCUUGGCACAUCUAGCCACUGGGAUUUUUGCCCAUUCUUCAAGGCAAAACUGCUCCAGCUCCUUCAAGUUGGAUGGGUUCCGCUGGUGAACAGCAAUCUUUAAGUCAUACCACAGAUUCUCAAUUGGAUUGAGGUCUGGGCUUUGACUAGGCCAUUCCAAGACAUUUAAAUGUUUCCCCUUAAACCACUCGAGUGUUGCUUUAGCAGUAUGCUUAGGGUCAUUGUCCUGCUGGAAGGUGAACCUCCGUCCCAGUCUCAAAUCUCUGGAAGACUGAAACAGGUUUUUCUCAAGAAUUUCCCUGUAUUUAGCGCCAUCCAUCAUUCCUUCAAUUCUGACCAGUUUCCCAGUCCCUGCCGAUGAACACUGCCACCACCAUGCUUCACUGUGGGGAUGGUGUUCUCGGGUGAUGAGAGGUGUUGGGUUUGUGCCAGACAUAGCGUUUUCCUUGAUGGCCAAAAAGCUCAAUUUUAGUCUCAUCCGACCUGAGUGCCUUCUUCCAUAUGUUUGGGGAGUCUCCCACAUGCCUUUUGGCAAACACCAAACGUGUUUGCUUAUUUUUUUCUUUAAGCAAUAGCUUUUUUUCUGGCUACUCUUCCGUAAAGCCCAGCUCUGUGGAGUGUACGGCUUAAAGUUGUCCUAUGGACAGAUACUCCAAUCUCCGUUGUGGAGCUUUGCAGCUCCUUCAGGGUUAUCUUUGGUCUCUCUGAUUAAUGCCCUCCUUGCCUGGUCCGUAAGUUUUGGUGGGGCAGCCCUCUCUUGGCAGGUUUGUUGUGGUGCCAUAUUCUUUCCAUUUUUUAAUAAUGGAUGUAAUGGUGCUCCGUGGGAUGUUCAAAGUUUUCGGAUAUUCUUUUAAAACCCAACCCUGAUCUGUACUUCUCCACAACUUUGUGGAGCGCUCCACCUGUUUGGAGCGCUCCUUGGUCUUCAUGGUGCCGUUGCUUGAUGGUGCCCCUUGCUUAGUGGUGUUGCAGACUCCGGGGCCUUUCAUAACAGGUGUAUAUAUACUGAGAUCAUGUGACAGAUCAUGUGACACUUAGAUUGCACACAGGUGGACUUUAUUUAACUAAUUAUGUGACUUCUGAAGCUAAUUGGUUGCACCAUAUCUUAUUUAUGGGCUUCAUAGCAAAGGGGGUGAAUACAUAUGCACGCACCACUUUUCCGUUAUUUAUUUUUUAGAAUUUUCUGAAACAAGUAAUUUUUUUGAUUUCACUUCACUAAUUUGGACUAUUUUGUGUAUGUCCAUUACAUGAAAUCCCAAAAAAAAAUCCAUUGAAAUUACAGGUUGUAAUGCAACAAAAUAGGAAAAACGUCAAUGGGGAUGAAUACUUUAGCAAAAUACCACAAACCCCUGAUGUGCCUUAUUGCUAUUAUAAAAUGGUUACCAACAUAAUUAGAACAGUAAAAAUGUUUUGUCAUACCCGUUGUAUACAGUCAGAAAUACCACUGCUUUCAGCCAAUCAGCAUUCAGGGCUCGAACCACCCAGUUUAUAAUUGCUCUUGGAGAACCGAUACCUCAAUCUCUGCAGAGAACAGAUCGAGGAUAGAUGAGACAUCCAAAAUUACUCCAUUCAAACCACGUUUCCAUGACAACACUUAUUGAUAAUUGUGUUUACUGAAGUUGAUAGAAAAAUGAAAUACAAACCUUCUCUAUAAAUGUUAAAAAGCAGACAUCAUUAAAAGCCCACAUAUCCUUGCCCUCACCUGGCAUAUUCUUUCAAUCAAAUUCGAGAACGAGGGAGCGCAAAUAUAAUUAAUCAAAACAGUCUUCUUUACAAAGUGUAUAGAAAUUGCAAAUAAAUAUGGAAAUAUAAAAGCGGAAGAAAGAGGAAGGCCUGUUAUUAUGUCUAUUACUAAGCCACUCCAGAAUACAAAUCUGAGGGAGAAUAAUUGGCGGGAAAAGCAGACAAGAAUGAUCAAUUUGCUGGUAUAUGGGAACACUUGAAUGUUCAUGUGAAUCUAUUUCUCAUGGAUACGUGUAGGUUUGCAAUAGCAGACAUGCCAUUAAUAGUAAACAGACAGAUUGAAAGAUCUAAAGAUCACGAAAGAGGAAAACAAGAGUCAGUAUGAAUUCAGCUGGACGUUCAGGCUGUCUCACUAAUGCUAAUCUGCCAAAGUGAGCAGAGGAGGAGAAAGUCCACAGGCCUACUUAGUGCAGGCAGUCACUUGAGAUAAUUUACCCUGCCUUAGGCUCAGACACCUGCUACUGGUGCCUGCUUGGUGUGGGUGGGUGGGUGGGUGGCAAGGGGAGGUGUGUGUGGGGGUAAAUGUGUGUGUGAGAGAGCAUAUACAGUGCCUUCAGAAAGUACUCACUCCCCUUGACAUUUUCCACAUUUUGUUGUGUUACAGCCUGAAUUUAAAAUGGAUUAAAUUGAGAUUUUAUGUUACUGGCCUACACAAUACCCCAUAUAAUGUCAAAGUGGAAUGAUGUUUUUAGAAAUGUUUACUAAUUAAUAAUGCAUGAAAAGUUGAAAUGUCUUGAGUCAAUAAGUAUUCAACUCCUUUGUAAUGGCAAGCCUAAAUAAGUUCAGGCAUAAAAAUGUGCUUAACAAGUCACAUAAUAAGUUGCAUGGACUCACUCUGUGUGCAAUAAUAGUGCUAUCUGUAAGGUCCCUCAGUCGAGCAGUGAAUUUCAAACACAGAUUCAACCACAAAGACCAGGUAGGUUUUCCAAUGCCUCGCAAAGAAUGGCACCUAUUGGUAGAUGGGUAAAUAUGAAAAGCAGCCAUUGAAUAAUAUCCCUUUAAGGAUGGUGAAGUUAUUAAUUACACUUUGGAUGGUCUAUCAAUACACCCAUUCACUACAAAGAUACAGUUGUCUUUCCUAACUCAAUUGCCGGAGAGGAAGGAAACUGCUCAGGGAUUUCACCAUGAGGCCAAUGGUAACUUUAAAACAGUUAAAAAGUUUAAUGGCUGUGAUGGGAGAAAACUGAGGAUGGGAUCAACAACAUUGUAGUUACUCGACAAUACUAACCUAAUUGACAGAGUGAAAAGAAGGAAGCCUGUACAGAAUCAAAUAUUCCAAAACAUGCAUCCUGUUUGUAACAAGGCAAUUAAAGUAAUACUGCAAAAAAUAUGGCAAAGCAAUUCACUUUUUGUCCUAAAUACAAAGUGUGAUGUUUGGGUCAAACCCAAUACAACACAUUACUGAGUACCACUCUCCAUAUUGUCAAGCAUAGUGGUGGCUGCAUCAUGUUAUGGGUAUGAUUGUAGUCGUUAAGGACCGGGGAGUUUUCAGGAUUAAAAAAUUAACUAAAUGGAGCUAAGCACAGGCAAAAUCCUAGAGGAAAACAUGGUUCAGUCUGCAUUCCACCAGACACUGGGAGAUUAAUUUACCUUUCAGCAGGACAAUAACCUAAAACACAAGGCCAAAUAUACGCAGGAGUUGCUUACCAAGAUUACAUUAAAUGUUCCUUAGUGGCCUAGUUACAGUUAUGACUUAAAUCGGCUUGAAAAUGUAUGGCAAGACUUGAAAAUGUCUGUCUAGCAAUGAUCAACAACCAACUGGACAGGGCUUGAAGAAUUUUUAAAAUGAUAAUGUAAUGUGCAAAUAUUGUAAAAUCCAGGUGUGCAAAGCUCUUAGAGACUUACCCAGAAAGACUCACGGCUGUAAUCACUUUUUCAAUAUUGGGUUUCUAAAAACAUGUUUUCACUUUGUCAUUAUGGGGUAUUGUGUGUAGAUGGGUGAGAAAAAAGUCUGUAACACAACAAAAUGUGGAAUAAGUCAAGGGGGUAUGAAUAGUUUCUGAAAGCACUGCUUUCGUUUCCCAUUUCUGCAUGUGAAUGUGCAGAUAUGGGUAACGUAAUGCAACAAUGCAUAAUAAUUGUCCUUGUGCCUCUUGAAGAUUUUGGCAGCACAUCAUCACAUGUAUUAUCCCUGUGACCCAUUUGCAGCAUAUAUGGAAAUUGGUGCAGAGAUGAAAAUAUGCCAGCAUGCAUUCCCAGUGGGGGGAUCCACAGUAAGCUAUACCAUGUUAUAGCAGGUAUACUGUAGAUAUACAGUGGGGGAAAAAAAUAUUUAGUCAGCCACCAAUUGUGCAAGUUCUCCCACUUAAAAAGAUGAGAGACGCCUGUAAUUUUCAUCAUAGGUACACGUCAACUAUGACAGACAAAAUGAGAAUUGUUUUUCCAGAAAAUCACAUUGUAGGAUUUUUAAUGAAUUUAUUUGCAAAUUAUGGUGGAAAAUAAGUAUUUGGUCACCUACAAACAAGCAAGAUUUCUGGCUCUCACAGACCUGUAACUUCUUCUUUAAGAGGCUCCUCUGUCCUCCACUCGUUACCUGUAUUAAUGGCACCUGUUUGAACUUGUUAUCAGUAUAAAAGACACCUGUCCACAACCUCAAACAGUCACACUCCAAACUCCACUAUGGCCAAGACCAAAGAGCUGUCAAAGGACACCAGAAACAAAAUUGUAGACCUGCACCAGGCUGGGAAGACUGAAUCUGCAAUAGGUAAGCAGCUUGGAUAAAGAAAUCAACUGUGGGAGCAAUUAUUAGGAAAUGGAAGACAUACAAGACCACUGAUAAUCUCCCUCGAUCUGGGGCUCCACGCAAUAUCUCACCCCGUGGUGUCAAAAUGAUCACAAGAACGGUGAGCAAAAAUCCCAGAACCACACAGGGGGGACCUAGUGAAUGACCUGCAGAGAGCUGGGACCAAAGUAACAAAGCCUACCAUCAGUAACACACUACGCCGCCAGGGACUCAAAUCCUGCAGUGCCAGACGUGUCCCCCUGCUUAAGCCAGUACAUGUCCAGGCCCGUCUGAAGUUUGCUAGAGUGCAUUUGGUGAUCCAGAAGAGGAUUGGGAGAAUGUCAUAUGGUAAGAUGAAACCAAAAUAUAACUUUUGGUAAAAACUCAACUCGUCGUGUUUGGAGGACAAAGAAUGCUGAGUUGCAUCCAAAGAACACCAUACCUACUGUGAAGCAUGGGGGUGGAAACAUCAUGCUUUGGGGCUGUUUUUCUGCAAAGGGAGCAGGACGACUGAUCCGUGUAAAGGAAAGAAUGAAUGGGGCCAUGUAUCGUGAGAUUACAUGGCCCCAUUCUCAUCUUUUUAAGUGGGAGAACUUGCACAAUUGUUGGCUGACUUUUUUACCCCACUGUAACCUAUUCAUUAACACAUAGACAACUAACUUCCUGGACAACAAAAUAAUUACAUUAGCUACAGUAAGAUACAUUAGUUCUGAAUUUAUAAAAUUCCCAUUUCAAAUUACUUACAGACAUAUUUAUCAAGGUGUUUAUAAAAGGAUAUUUUUAGUUAGGACAUUACAUUUUGGUCAUUUAGCAGACGCUCUUAGUUGGUUGGCCAGAAUUACAUCUCUAAAUUAAUAUGUCCCUAUAGUCAGGUGAUAGUCAGCCACAUGUGACUGCUUUGUUCGUACACUGCAACAACAUUUGAUCUCCGGAUAUCUCCGGGUUGCCAACCUCGGUCAUUCUUCUGUCAACUCAGGCCAUCUGUGGAGGACAGGCACGGGAAGCGGCACAGUUGGCGUUGCCGAUACCCUCCACUGUCUGGCGUGCCUGCUGUAAUCUUGCCACCUGUUGCUAUCUGGCCAGGGCAGAGUAGCAGUGCGUGCCAGAGGGUACCUAAGACAUGGGAUUCGACCUUCAUACUGAGGCUGGCAUGUUUUGGGCAAGGCCUGCCAGUCUUGGCCCUGUCAAUAGUAACCGAGAGCUUCUUAAUUGAAUAAGAAUGGCUAACCGGUAGAUGCAGACUGACAGAGAUACUGUUACUGGGGUUUGGGAACCAGCGGACUACUUAGGACACAACCUGUUGCCCUUUGACCUCUGUGUGUGUGUUUGUGUCUGCUACCUGGAUUAUAGCACUCCUGCUGAAGUAUACUAUUGUUCGCCCUAUGCCUGAAUUAUUGGAACGCAUUAAUGGAUGCAUUGCCUUAUUAUCUACAGUACCAGUCAAAGGUUUGGACACACCUACUCAUUCAAGGGUUUUUCUUUAUUUUUACUAUUUUCUACAUAGUAGAAUAAUAGUGUAGACAUCAAAACUAUGAAAUAACACAUAUGGAAUCAUGUAGUAACCAAAAAAGUGUUAAACAAAUCAAAAUAUAUGUUAUAUUUGAGAUUCUUCAAAGUACCCACCCUUUGCCUGGAUGACAGUGUUGCACACUGUUGCAUUAUCUCAACCAGCUUCAUGAGGUAGUCACCUGGAAUGCAUUUCAAUUAACAGGUGUGCCUUGUUAGAAGUUAAUUUGUUGAAUUUCAUUCCUUCUUAAUGCCUUUGAGCCAAACAGUUGUGUUGUGACAAGGUAGGGGGGUAUACAGAAGAUAGCCUAUUUGGUAACAGACCAAGUCCAUAGUAUGGCAAGAACAGCUCAAAUAAGCAAAGAGAAAUUACAGUCCAUCAUUACUUUAAGACAUGAAGGUCAGUCAAGUCGGAAAAUGUCGAGAACUUUGAAAGUUUCUUCAAGUGCAGUCGCAAAAACCAUGAAGCGCUACGAUGAAACUGGCUCUCAUGAGGACCGCCACAGGUAGACCAAGAGUUACCUCUGCUGCAGAGGAUAAGUUCAUUAGAGUUACCAGCCUCAGAAAUUGCAGCCCAAAUAAAUGCUUCACAGAGUUCAAGUAACAGACACAUCUCAACAUCAACUGUUCAGAGGAGACUGCGUGAAUCAGGCCUUCAUGGUCGAAUUGCUGCAAAAAAACACAACUAAAGGACACCAAUAUGAAGAGACUUGUUGGGCCAAGAAACACGAACAAUGGACAUUAUACUGGUGGAAAUCUGUCCUUUUGGUCUGAUCAGUCCAAAUUUGAGAUUUUUGGUUACAACCGCCAUGUCUUUGUGAGACGCAGAGUAGGGGAACGGAUGAUCUCUGCAUGUGUGGUUCCCACCGUGAAGCAUGGAGGAGGAGGUGUGAUGGUGUGGGGAUGCUUUGCUGGUGAAAUGGUCAGUGAUUUAUUUAGAAUUCAAGGCACACUUAACCAGCAUGGCUACUACAGCAUUCUGCAGCGAUACGCCAUGCCAUCUGGUUUGGGCUUAGUGGGACUAUUGUUUGUUUUUCAACAGGACAAUGACCCAACACACCUCCAGGCUGUGUAAGGGCUAUUUGACCAAGAAGGAGAGUGAUGGAGUGCUGCAACAAAUGACCUGGCCUCCACAAUCACCCGACCUCAACCCCAAUUGAGAUGGUUUGGGAUGAGUUGGACCGCAGAGUGAAGGACAAGCAGCCAACAAAUGCUCAGCAUAUGUGGGAACUCCUUCAAGACUGUUGGAAAAGCAUUCCAGGUGAAGCUGGUUGAGAGAAUGCCAAGAGUGUGCAAAGCUGUCAUCAAAGCAAAGGGUGGCUAUUUGAAGAAUCUUAAAUAUAAAAUAUAUUUUGAUUUGUUUAACACUUUUUGGUUACUACAUGAUUCCAUAUGUGUUAUUUCAUAGUGUUGAUGUCUUCACAAUUAUUCUACAAUGUAGAUAAUAGUAAAAAUUAAGAAAAACCCUUGAAUGAGUAGGUGUGUUCAAUCUUUUGACUGGUACUGUAUUUCCAAUGCUCAGCUGCUGUUUCAGAAGCAUUUAUUGGAAACGGUUGUUUGCGUGCUCUAUAAUGCCCCUCUGAUGUUGGCGGAUUGGGGAAAUGGCCUACAUGCUUAUUACAUGUCUGGCGGACUCCCUACGUAGGGUAAUAAUUUCCAUGGUGAGCCACCGACAAGACUGUGUCUAGAGUUUAGGAUUAGAAUAGGAAUUUAUUUUUCCUAUGGACAAAGGCUUGCUCUGAACCAAGGGAGGGGAAACAAUGGAAGCCUGUUAGGAAUAUAGCUUGAGAUUUGCCACAUGGCAGUAUCGCUUGUUUUCUAGUUCUUUGCUAGGCUUUGAAUACAUGCUGUGCUGUUGUGUUUGUCACAUUCAAAUACAGUGUCCAACCAACUUCAGAUGAUGUGGUAGUUCCUUGUUGUUCGCCAUCAAUAUUUUGUCCUGCACAGCUUUCAAAUUUAGCCUGAGCUUUGCCUCACGGGUAGUAAACAUAAUGUUUACAUCUAUUUGAAGGGCAAACCUGCUUAGUUCUCACAACGGCCAGCGGGCUGACCUUGAUAUAUCAGCCGUUUUGAAAUGUGGCAUAUAGACAUUCAAUUCAUGUGGUGGCAUUUAUGCAUCACGUGGUGCAUGUUUUCUAUUCUCAACCAGAGGAGUCAUUCAUCAUCUACAUCAGUCUGUACCAUGAUCCAGAAAUCAUACACAGCUCACCUGUGUGGUUCCAGGGUAUGGCAGGUGAUUCUUCACUUAAGCCCACCACCGCCCCAUCCAUCUCGCCUGACACACGCAAAAAAUAUAUAUAUAUUCUGCCUAGAAGAGAAGCAGAGACCGAUCGACUCAGCUCUGCCUUUUUUGUUGUUUUUGCAUCUUUCUUUCUGAUGUCGUGCUUGCAACUUAAGCUAACUCUUCGUCUGGCACUGAAAAUUGCCCAUGAACUUUAACUGUCCCAACCGAAACAGAGUUAUCAGUAGAGUUGAUCUGGGCCACUGUGGUUUCCUUUUGAAGAGUCCUUUUGAAUCAGCCUGAUAUCAGCAGUGUUGGAGUUCUCGCUGAGAGGCUUUGUAUUAUCCAAUCGGCCCUGGCUCUGUCGGUUCACAAUGUUCAAAUCCAAACCCUAGGCUUUUUGCCCAGGAGCGAGACAAUGUGUUCUCCUUGUGAAUCCCUUCUUCCCCCUUCACUCCCCUCCUUCUCUCCCUGCUUUCAACCUCUCCAUGGUCAUUUUGAGAGUGCAGUGUAACAGAAGCCUGACUGUCUCUGGCCCUGAGAAGGAGCUGGUGAGCUCUCAGCGCCCCUCAUUUCAGGCUUGACAGGAAACUGUUGUCGUUUGUUGUACCACUGUGUGCAUCUGUGUGUGUGCGCCCAGGUGUGCUUGAGAAUAUCCAUGUAGCUUAAUUUGUAUGUGUGUAUGCGUAUUGAAGAAGCUGAGUGGGUGGGCGUGCGUGUAUGUGAAAGUGUGUGCGACCACGUACUAGUGCAUAUGGCCUUCUCCCAGUGACAUGUGACCUCAACAGCUGACCUCUCUAGUCUCGUGUAGCCGGAUGAGGAAUGAAUUACCCAACAAUACCCAGCCUCUAUCCAUUAUAACCUCAUCAUGUCAGAUGAUAUCAGAGUUUUACCGGAUGUGUCGAUGCAUAUUUUACCAUAGAGACCCACUGACCGAUUUGUGGGCCUGCCACAAAAGGCUCAUUAAACGACAUCAUCAUUUACCUCCCCGCUCCGGGGAUACCGCUGCAUAAAUUGUGUCAUUAUAGAGAAAGGAUGGAUUGAGACAGCAAAAAUAGUUUCUAGUGGUGUAUCAUUGAGCACUGUUUGAUUGGUAUGAAUGGGUGUUGUGAUGGAUAUAACUGGGUUAGUUUGUUUAAAAGAGUGUGUCAUAGGCUUUGCUUUUGACCUGGUGUUUUGAUGAUCUAACGUUCAAUUACGUACUAUGAUAUUCAUGUAUAACAAUAUGUAAUAUGUAGUUCAUUAAAAAAAACGAAUUCAACCAAUCAUAUAAUAAACGCUUCAACAUACUCUACGUCUAUCAAUGAGUCUUUCCCAGUCAAAGUGCCUAUUAUGUUGAUGGUAGCAUCAGUGGUGUAAAGUACUUAAGUAAAAAUACUUUAAAGUACUACUUAAAUAGUAUUUGGAGCAUCUGUACUUUACUAUUUAUAUCUUUGAUAACGUUUACUUUUACUCCACUACAUUCCUAAAGAAAAUAAUGUACUUUUUACUCCCAUACAUUUUCCCUGAUACCCAAAAGUACUCGUUAUAUUUUGAAUGCUCAGACAGGACAGCAAUAUGGUCCAAUUUAUGCACCUACAGUGAGGGAAAAAAGUAUUUGAUCCCCUGCUGAUUUUGUACAUUUGCCCACUGACAAAGAAAUGAUCAGUCUAUAAUUUUAAUGGUAGGUUUAUUUGAACAGUGAGAGAUAGAAUAACAAAACAAAAAUCCAGAAAAACGCAUGUCAAAAAUGUUAUAAAUUGAUUUGCAUUUUAAUGAGGGAAAUAAGUAUUUGACCCCCUCUCAAUCAGAAAGAUGUCUGGCUCCCAGGUGUCUUUUAUACAGGUAACGAGCUGAGAUUAGGAGCACACUCUUAAAGGGAGUGCUCCUAAUCUCAAUUUGUUACCUGUAUAAAAGACACCUGUCCACAGAAGCAAUCAGUCAAUCAGAUUCCAAACUCUCCACCAUGGCCAAGACCAAAGAGCUCUCCAAGGAUGUCAGGGACAACAUUGUAGACCUACACAAGGCUGGAAUGGGCUACAAGACCAUCGCCCAGCAGCUUGUUGAGAAGGUGACAACAGUUGGUGCGAUUAUUCGCAAAUGGAAGAAACACAAAAUAACUGUCAAUCUCCCUCGGCCUGGGGCUCCAUGCAAGAUCUCACCUCGUGGAGGUGCAAUGAUCAUGAGAACGGUGAGGAAUCAGCCCAGAACUACACGGGAGGAUCUUGUCAAUGAUCUCAAGGCAGCUGGGACCAUAGUCACCAAGAAAACAAUUGGUAACACACUACGCCGUGAAGGACUGAAAUCCUGCAGCGCCCGCAAGGUCCCCCUGCUCAAGAAAGCACAUAUACAGGCCGGUCUGAAGUUUGCCAAUGAACAUCUGAAUGAUUCAGAGGAGAACUGGGUGAAAGUGUUGUGGUCAGAUGAGACCAAAAUUGAGCUCUUUGGCAUCAACUCAACUCACCAUGUUUGGAGGAGGAGGAAUGCUGCCUAUGACCCAAAGAACACCAUCCCCACCAUCAAACAUGGAGGUGGAAUCAUUAUGCUUUGGGGGUGUUUUUCUGCUAAGGGGACAGGACAACUUCACUGCAUCAAAGGGACGAUGGACGGGGCCAUGUACCGUCAAAUCUUGGGUGAGAACCUCCUUCCCUCAUCCAGGGCAUUGGAAAUGGGUCAUGGAUGGGUAUUCCAGCAUGACAAUGACCCAAAACACACGGCCAAGGCAACAAAGGAGUGGCUCAAGAAGAAGCACAUUAAGGUCCUGGAGUGGCCUAGCCAGUCUCCAGACCUUAAUCCCAUAGAAAAUCUGUGGAGGGAGCUGAAGGUUCGAGUUGCCAAACGUCAGGCUCGAAACCUUAAUGACUUGGAGAAGAUCUGCAAAGAGGAGUGGGACAAAAUCCCUCCUGAGAUGUGUGCAAACCUGGUGGGCCAACUACAAGAAACUUCUGACCUCUGUGAUUGCCAACACGGGUUUUGCCACCAAGUACUGGGUCAUGUUUUGCAGAGGGGUCAAAUACUUAUUUCCCUCAUUAAAAUGCAAAUCAAUUUAUAACAUUUUUGACAUGUGUUUUUUCCUGGAUUUUUUUGUUGUGAUUCUGUCUCUAACUGUUCAAAUAAACCUACCAUUAUAGACUGAUCAUGUCUUUGUCAGUGGGCAAACGUACAAAAUCAGCAGGGGAUCAAAAUUUUUUUCCCUCACUGUAUAUUGAUAUAACGUGUUGUCGUCCCUAUUGCCUCUGAUGUGGCGGACUCACUAAAUACAAAUACUGCACUUGUAAAAUGAUGUCUGAGUGUUGGAGUGUACCCUUGUCUGUCCGUUAAUUUUAAAAACAAGAAAAUAUUGCUCUCUGGUUUGCUUAAUAUAACGAAGUUUAUGUAUAGCUUUUACCUUGUACUUUUACUCAAAUAUGACAAUUGAGUACUUUUUUCACCACUACUUAAGUACAUUUAAAACCUGAUACUUUUAGACACUUACUCAAUUAGUAUUUCUGUCUGUAAUGAAGCCCUUUUGUGGGGAAAAAAUCAUUAUGAUUGGCUGGGCCUGGCUCCCCAGUGGGUGGGCCUAUGCCCUCCCAGGCCCAACCAUGGCGGCGCCCGUACCCAGUCAUGUGAAAUCCAUAGAUUAGGGCCUAAUUUAUUUAUUUCAAGUCACUGAUUUCCUUCUAUGAACUAAAUACACUGAGUAUACAAAUCAUUAAGAACACCUUCCUAAUAUUGAGUUGCACCCCCCCCCCUUUGCACUCAACAGCCUCAAUUCAUCGGGCAUGGACUCUAAAAGGUGUCAAAAGAUGGACCAUUCUAGAUACACAUGGGAAACUGUUGAGCGUGAAAAACCCAGCAGCGUUGCAGUUCUUGACACGCUCAAACCGGUGCGUCUGGCACCUACUACCAUACCCCGUUCAAAGGCACUUAAAUCUUUUGUCACCCUCUGAAUGGCACACAAACACAAUCCAUGUCUCAAGUCUUAAAAAUCCUUCUUUAACAUGUCUCCUCCUCUUCAUCUACACUGAUUGAAGUGUAUUUAACAAGUGACAUCACUAAGGGAUCAUAGCAUUCACUUGGUCAGUCUGUCAUGGAAAGAGCAGGUGUUCUUAAUGGUUUGUACACUGUGUGUGUGUGUGGGUGUGUGUGUGUGUGUGUGUGUGUGUGUGUGUGUGUGUGUGUGUGUGUGUGUGUGUGUGUGUGUGUGUGUGUGUGUGUGUGUGUGUGUGUGUGUGUGUGUGUGUGUGUGUGUGUGUAUGUAUACACUACCAGUGAAACAUUUUAGAACACCUACUCAUUCCAGGGUUUUUACUAUUUUUUACAUUGUAGAAUAAUUGUGAAGACAUCAAAACUAUGAAAAAACAUAUAUGGAAUCAUGUAGUAACCAAAAAGUGUUAAACAAAUCAACAUAUAUUUUAUAUUUGAGAUUCUUCAAAUAGCCACCCUUUGCCUUGAUGACAGCUUAAAUUGGACUAAGAUGGUGGUUCAAAAAUGGUCAUAGGUGCAUCUCUAAUAGGAAAAGAAGAACAGCUGCUGAAGAUUAUUGCCAAAAAUGUUGCCACUUAACAUUUGACAUGUCAGAAAGUAUUUUGAAUUGUACUUAUUUUUGACAUCAUUUGUACUCUGCACCUGUGGAAGUUUGCUGGAUGUUCUUAGUAUACUGCGUACACCAUAUUUUACAAUUUAGUAAUUUAGCAGAUGCUCUUAUCCAGCGCGACUUAGUUAGUGCAUUCAUCUUAAGAUAGCUAGGUGGGACAGCCACAUCACAGGCAUAGUAAGUACACUUCCUCAAUAAAGUAGUUAUCAGCAAAGUCAGAGCUAGAAGGGGAUGAGGGGGAGUCAAGUGCAAGUGUUGAUUCAGGAGGGGGUCAAGGUGAGAAGGGGGAUUAUUUAAGAUACUAUUUGAAGUAUACUAUUUGAGGUAGGGUUUCAGAAGUUUUCAGAAGAUGGGCAGGGACUCUGCUGUCCUAGCAUUAGGGGGAAGCUGGUUCCACCAUUGGGGUGCCAGGACAGAGAAGAGCUUGGACUGGGCUGAGCGGGAGCUGGCCUCCCGUAGGGGUGGGAGGGCCAAGAGACGAGAGGUGGUAGAACGGAGUGCUUGUGUUGGGUUGUAGGGUUUGAGCAUAACCUCAAGGUAGGGAGGGGCACUUCCUCUUGCUGCUCCGUAGGUCCAUGGUCUUGUAGUGGAUGCGAGCUUAGACUGGAAGCCAGUGGAGUGUGCGGAGGAGCGGGGUGACAUGGGAGAACUUGGGAAGGUUGAAAACCAUGCGGGCUGCAGCACUCUGUAUAAGUUGCAGGGGUUUGAUGGUACAAGCGGGGAGCCCAGCCAACAGCGAGUUGCAUUAGUCCAGACGGGAUAUGACAAGUGCCUGGGUUAGGACCUGCGUCAUUUCCUGUGUGAGGUAGGGUCAUACUUUACGGAUGUUGUAGAGCUUAAACUUGCAGGAGCGAGUCACUGCUUUGAUGUUUGCAGAGAACGACAGGGUGUUGUCCAGGGUCACUCCAAGGUUCUUUACACUCUGGGAGGGCAACACUGUGGAGUUAUCAACCAUGAUGGAGAUGUCUUUCAGCGGGCAUGCCUUCCCCGGGAGGAAGAGCAGCUCCGUCUUGUUGAGCUUGAGGUGGUGGGCUGACAUCCAAGUUGAGAUAUCUGCCAGGCAUGCAGAAAUGUGUGUUGCUACCUGGGUGUCAGAAGGGUAGUUGAGUGUCAUCCGCAUAGCAAUGAUAGGAGAGAAAAGGAGAGGGCCUAGAAGUGAGCCCUGGGGGACACCAGUAGUGAAAGUACAUGGUGUAGACACGGAUCCUUGCCACAUCACCUGGUGACGUGGAGAGGAUGAAACCUACUUUUUAUCCUCUUUUAUCCUACACUACUUUUGAAACAAACAUCUCUCUCAAAAUAUUUUUCUCCUUUCCAAGUGUGCUUGUCUGUUGGCCAAUGGAAUCAUACCAUUCUGAGGUUUUACUGACCUAGUGAAGCUUGAAAUAAGAACACUAAACCAACAUAGCAAAAGUAAAGAGGUCACUCAAGCACUGCACAACACUCAUAUCUCCAAGGCCAUUGUUGGUUUCUUUGUUCUGAGCAGAACAUUUUAGGCAUUCCAGGCUACCAUGUAUAAGGUUAAGGAUGACUCCCUCUAAGAAUACAAAGUGAAGAUAACAUUUCUAUUCACAUAGCCGUGAACUUGAACCCUUGAAUCUUUAUUUUUUUGCUCCUAGAUAAAAUGAGGAACCGACAGAGCACAACAAAAUGUCCUUGUAAAGGUGGUGAGACGAGACUUCUUCCAAAACAUGAGUGUCUACUGACCCGUUUGUCUUUUUGUAAUUGCUUCAUGCGAAAUACACAACUUUGCUCAAGGACAUAGUUGAGCUUUCUUUAUUUCUCAGCCCUCCUCUGCCUCUUAUAGUGGACUGUGGGAACAGGUUUUAGAAUAUAGUAUAUCCCUAACAACAUUACUUAGAAUAGCCAAGCAGUUUAUUAGCCAAUAGCCAAGCAGUUUAUUAGCCAGUAGCCAAGCAGUUUAUUAGCCAAUAGCCAAGCAGUUUAUUAGCCAAUAGCUAAGCAGUUUACUGGUCAUCAUUUAACCAUUAUUUUAUUUCAUGACUCACUAGGUGCUGUGCUGGUUUUUAUUUAAAAAUAUACAGUACAUAUAAAUAAAAUAUGUUUUAUUGUCACAGUGAAAUGUGUUGUUUUACAGGGUCAGCCAUAGUAGUACGGUGCCCCUGGAGAAAAUGUAGGGUUAAGUGCCUUGCUCAAGGACACAUCGGCAGAUGUUUCACCUUGUCGGCUCCGAUAUUCAAACCAGUUACAUUUUGGUUACUUGCCCAACACUCUAAUCGCUAGGUUACCUGCCGCCCGAUAAUUCCUGGCGCUCAAUAAUUUUCCAACCAUAAUUCCUGGCUCUCAGACAACCUACUCUAGUGACUGUGAUGUCAGUAUUGCCCUAUAACUAGGGGAAAGGGCACAACUAAAUCUUUCAUCAUUUAGUGAAUAGUUGAUAGAUUUUCAACCUCUUAAAUUCAUCCUUUUCUCGUAAAGGGGUUUUAUAAUUCAACGCUCUCAUACAAGAAUCGGAAACUUGGAGCUUUGCUUUGACAAUGCAAGAGCAUUAGGCCUAGUUCUUAUUUGACAUGUAGAUGUAGAUUGAAUAUCUACUAUUGGAGCAUUGUUAGUAUGUUAUGUGGUGAACUCAUCUUUGUAUGGUCAUGGUAGCAAUAGUCUCAUUGUGGUAUUGUGCAAUUCGAAAAAACUAUUAUUUGAGGGUCUGUUCAUUGGUAAACAUUGACCUGGGUUUGGGGUCAUGGUUUGAGGUCAUGGUUGGUAUGUGUUGCCUGCUUCCUCUGAAAAUAUCUCUGAAAUAUUAAAGGGGCAAUCUGUAGUUGCUACAUCCAUUUUUUGACAUAUAAAAUCAUGAAAUAUACCCAUUGAUUCUUGAUGAAUAUAACUUAUAAUUCCUCAUGAGCUAAGUGUGACACCCUGUCAGAACCCAAAAGCUUGUUUUACUACAAUGUGUAUAAACAUUGUAAAUAUAAAGAAACUCUGUAUAACCUCUAAACAUUGUUAAAACUAUAAUUGUGAUAUUAUGGAUGGUCAGUCAUUGGAUCCAUAGUUCUGUCUAUGAAUUUGAGUGGUUCAAUUUCUCCAGGCCCGCUUUUUACCAAAGCAGAGGCGGGUUGUCCACCUUGUUAUUGUUUCAACUGCAGAUUGGCCAUUAAAGUAUUUGGCCUGUAACAUAAAACAUGGGGAAAAGAUAGCUGACUUAACAAGGUCCCAGGGAAUUCAAAAUGCCUGCCCUGAAUGCUGCCAAUCAUUUAAAUUUUUAAAUUUUUGUCAUUUAGCAGGCUCUCUUAUCCAGAGCGACUUACAGGAGCAAUUAGGGUUAAGUGCCUUGCUCAAGGGCACAUCGACAGCUUUUUUGCCUAUAUUUCUCCAGACAUAGCGCUUUGCGUUCAUGCCAAAGAGUUACAUUUUUGUCUCAUCAAACCACAGAAUCUAUUGCCUUAUGCUAUCAAGAGUCUUUAAUGUGCCUUUUUCAAACUCCAGGCGUGCUGUCAUGUGCCUUUUUCUAUAUUUUUUCAAUUUCCCAAUGAUGGAGACCACUGCUCUAGGAAACAUUCAACAUUAUUUUAUACAUUUCCUCAGAUAUAUGCCUCAUCACAAUUCUGCCUCUGAGAUCUACGGACAGUUCCUUGGACUUCAUGGUAUAGUUUCUGCUCUGACAGUGGGACCUUGUAUAGACAGUUGUGUUUCUUUCUAAAUCAUGUCCAAACAAUUCAAUUGGCCACAGGUGGACUCCAAUCAAGUUGUAGUGACAUCUCAAGGAUGAUCAAAGGAAAUUGGAUGCACCUGAGCUCAAUUUGGAGUGUCAUAGCAAAAGGGUGUGAAUACUUAUGUAAAUUAGAUAUUUCAGAAUUUCAUUUUCAAACAAAUUUGCUAAAAUGUCUAAAAACACGUUUUCACUUUGGGUUAUUGUGUGUAGAUUUUUUUGUAUAAAAAAAAAAAAUCUAAUCCAUUUUGAAUUCAGGCUAUAACACAACAGCAUGUGAAAUAAGUCAAGGGGUAUGAAUACUUUCUGAAAGCACUGUAGGCUCAUAGGGCUCUGGUCAAAAGUAGUGCACUAUAUAGGGAAUAGAGUGCCAUUUUGGACAUAACCAUACACCCUCAGCCCAAAAGAGGUCCUUCACAAUGCGUUUCAAGGGAAAUUGAAAGCGGCUAGCCACACAAGUGUUCGUGUGUGAUACGAGAGAUACUCAUCGCUAUCUCUUAAAAAUGGAUGAAUAAAUAGAAAGCAUCAUAAGUAAGUAAAUGUAACGAUAAGUAAGUAAAUGUAACGAUGUGCUCUGUGCUAUUUUCACCACCAUCACUCCAAAUGGUAAUUUCUGCGGAAGGAGGCAAGGAGCCAUUGUGAAUUGUAGCACAGAUUAACGUUAAUGCGUUACUGUCAUUGCUGAUGGUAAUGUCUUUGACGCAGCAGAAAUGUUAGACCUAGUUCUGCGUUCAUUCGCUUUUGAUUGGCGGGUAGAAGAAGAGUUACACUACCGGUCAAAAGUUUUAGAACACCUACUCAUUCAAGGGUUUUUCUUUAUUUUUACUAUUUUCUACAUUGUAGAAUAAUAGUGAAGACAUCAAAACUAUGAAAUAACACAUAUGGAAUCAUGUAGUAACCAAAAAAGUGUUAAACAAAUCAAAAUAUAUUUUAUAUUUGAGAUUCUUCAAAUAGCCACCCUUUGCCUUGAUAAUAGCUUUGCACACUCUUGGCAUUCUCUCAACCAGCUUCACCUGGAAUGCUUUUCCAACAGUCUUGAAGGAGUUCCCACAUAUGCUGAGCACUUGUUGGCUGCUUUUCCUUCACUCUGCGGUCCAACUCAUCCCAAACCAUCUCAAUUUGGUUGAGGUCGGGGGAUAGUAGAGGCUAGGAAAUCUGAUGCAGCACUCCAUCACUCUCCUUCUUGGUAAAAUAGCCCUUACACAGCCUGGAGGUGUGUUGGGUCAUUGUCCUGUUGAAAAACAAACAAUAGUCCCACUAAGCCCAAACCAGAUGGGAUGGCGUAUCGCUGCAGAAUGCUGUGGUAGCCAUGCAGGUUAAGUGUGCCUUGAAUUCUAAAUAAAUCACAGAGGGUGUCACCAGCAAAGCACCCCCACACCAUAACACCUCCUCCUCCAUGCUUUACGAUGGGAAAUACACAUGCGGAGAUCAUCCGUUCACCCACACCGCGUCUCACAAAGACACGGCGGUUGGAACAAAAAAUCCCCAAUUUGGACAUAUUUCUACUGGUCUAAUGUCCAAUGCUCGUGUUUCUUUGUCCAAGCAAGUCUCUUCUUCUUAUUGGUGUCCUUUAGUAGUGGUUUCUUUGCAGCAAUUCGACCAUGAAGGCUUGAUUCAAACAGUCUCCUCUGAACAGUUGAUGUUGAAAUGUGUCUGUUACUUGAACUCUGUGAAGCAUUUAUUUGGGCUGCAAUUUCUGAGGCUGCUAACUCUAAUGCACUUAUCCUCUGCAGCAGAGGGAACUCUGGGUCUUCCAUUCCUGUGGUGGUCCUCAUGAGAGCCAUUUUCAUCAUAGCCCUUGAUGUUUUUUGCGACUGCACUUGAAGAAACUUUCAAAGUUCUUGAAAUGUUACGUAUUGACUGACCUUCAUGUCUUUGGAUUGUUGUUUCUCUUUGCUUAUUUGAGCUGUUCUUGCCAUAAUAUGGACUUGGUCUGUUACCAAAUAGGCUAUCUUCUGUAUACCCCCCUACCUUGUCACAACGCAACUGAUUGGCUCAAGUGCAUUAAGAAGGAAAGAAAUUCCACAAAUUAACUUUUAAGAAGGCACACCUGUUAAUUGAAAUGCAUUUCAGGUGACUACAUGAAGCUGGUUGAGAGAAUGCCAAGAGUGUGCAAAGCUGUCAUCAAGGCAAAGGGUGGCUAUUUGAAGAAUAUAUUUUGAUUAGUUUAACACUUCUUUGGUUACUACAUGAUUCCAUAUGUGUUAUUGUAUAGUUUUGAUGUCUUCACUAUUAUUCUACAAUGUAGACAAUAGUAAAAAUAAUGAAAAACCCUUGAAUGAGUAGGUGUUGUAAAACUUAGUGUAUAUGACACAUUAGGGUGGGUGGGUGUGUGUACAUGUAUGCACAAAAUGUGUAUUUUCAACAGUGGCUGUAUACAUUUAAGCAUGAUAUGCACGUAUGUUUUGUGAGCAGGCAAAAGUACUAUAGGACAUUAUUAAAUGUGCAUUACGAUGAGGGAAAACGCUGCCUCUGUGCCUCCUGUUAGCUUGAUUAAAUAGGAUUCUGGUUAAGGCAGUCUUUAUUGAUGGAGUAGCCCCACAGCAGUCGACGGAUACCUAGGGAUCUUAAAAACACUACAACUCACUGUUUGUUGGAGAGAAUAUAGCCUUGAAACUGUUUUAUUUACCACUAGAAAGAAAAAAACAUAUUUAAUCAUAGCAGGAUACCUUUGUUUGUUGUUGAAUGUCAUUGAAUGUUUUUCACUGCUGAUUGUAAUUCUUACCCUUUAAUCAAGGACUUAUUUAGACCUGGGACACCAGGUGGGUGUUAAUUAUCAGGUAGAACAGAAAAUCAGCAGAAGUCCAGACCUCCGGACCUCCAGGCUGGAUAUAAAUACCCCUGCCAUAGGCCUACACAUUGUCAAUGUAACAUGCUUUACACUUUCACAAAGGCCCCUGUACUACUUCAUUUAGUUUUUAGGGUAUUUUCAGACUUUAUGGAAUAGAUAGAAAGAGAGGAUGACAGUGAGGGAAGAUGGACAGAGGUCAAAGGGUAGUAGGUCGUCACCGUAGACAUUUGUGCCAGAGACUGCAUCAUUGCCGCUAGACCAGCCAGGCCACACAAAGGACCCUGUUUUAAUCCUGUACUAUCCCCCUUUAUUGUAGGAUGGUAUCAGCAUCAUCUAUCAUACUUGUCACUUUUGCUGCACUUAACUAUUUGUAGAAGAGCAAACGCCUGCUUCAUGAUUGCAUUUGGAAUGGAUUGCCGCAUCAGAGUGGCUAUGGGGCCUGACCUCUAUUCUCCAGAGAGCUAGGUUUCCUAGGGUCCUACCCAAUGUUGGUCCUACCUCCUAUAUCCUGGGUCCCACUAAGACACAAUAUAAUGGCCACAGAGGUGAGAGUUAGAGGGACAGCUCCCUUAUAAGAGUGUGUGUGUGUGUGUUGUUGUCCGUGAUUUACCUGCACUCUCCCUCUCCCACUGUUUGCUGGAGUGUUAUGAGGCCUGACCUUACCCUCCUGGCUCUAACCCUUUACAGCUAAGCCUAGACCACACAGUCAUAAGAUGCUCAUUGCUAAAUACAAUCAGGGAGAGCGGGGGAGGGAGGAGAGCAGAGGGGGGCUUUAGCUGAAAUGAUUGAUGAGCAUAUCAUGGGGGAUUGUAAUGAUGUGGUGUGGUGUGUGUUUGUGUGUGUGUGUGUGUGUGUGUGGUGGGGGUAGGGGGGUGUGUUUGCUCCCACAUAUGUUUGUUUUUGUAGAUCUGCCUACGGGUGUGUUUGCCUGUGUGAUAGCUAAGGGGUGAGUGUGUGUGUGUGUGUGUGUGUGUGUGUGUGUGUUUGGAAGCAAGCCCUUAACUCAAGACCUCAGGGAAACAAGAUCAUAAGAGAAUCUUUAAUGUGUAUCUGCAAUUGCUAAUAACCCAUCCGUAACCGCCCAACUAUAUGUGAUAAAGUGACAAUCUGAGGCCUGCACCCGAUCCUAGCCCGCUAAUAUAGAAAAUGCACUGUAUGCUACAGUCAGAGAUGGCGGAAUGAUUUGUUGACGGGGUGCAGGAUUUUCUUUUGCCUAAUAUGUUUCUGUUUAUCAUUUCCGACAUUUUGGGAGGCUAGUUGUUAGUCAACUUGUCUAUAAUUAGAUACAUGCAGCAUCUCUUCUGUCAUUAUGUUGCUCUAGAAGACUAAAUAAAUAAACCAUUGCUCACCAGAAUGUCAUAAAUUGACAUUAUUCAACAAAAUUGACAAAAGCUUUGACAAAGGCCUUGAGGCCAAUACAUAAAGCUUAAUAAAGAACAGUAAAACUGGCAAGAGCAGUGUGGGUUUGUCUUUUAUUUCAUAAAUCGAUAGAAUGAAAUGAAUGCUUCAAUCUACACUGAACAAAAAUAUAAACACAACAUGUAAAGUGUUGGUCCCAUGUUUCAUGAGCUGAAAUAAAGGAUCAGAUACAUUUUCCAUAUCCACAAAAAUAGUAUUUAUUUUGUGUACACAUUUGUUUAUACCCUGUUGGUGAACAUUUCUCCUUUGCCAAGAUAAUCCAUCCACCUGACAGGUAUGGCAUAUCAAGAAGCUGAUUAAACAGCAUGAUCAUUACACAGGUGCACCUUGUGCUGGAGACAAUAAAAGGAUACUCUAAAAUGUGCAGUUUUGUCACACAACACAUUGCCACAUACAUCUUCAGUUUUGAGGGAGUGUGCAAUUGGCAUGCUGACUGCAGGAAUGUCUACCAGAGCUGUUGCCAGAUAAUUGAAUGUUCAUUUUUCUACCAUAAGCCAACUCCAACAUUGUUUUAGAGAAUUUGGCAGGACGUUUAACCGGCCUCACUAAUGCAGACCACAUGUAUUGGGUCGUGUGGGCGAGUGGUUUGCUAAUGUCAACGUUGUGAACAGAAUGCCCCAUGGUGGCAGUGGGGUUAUGGUAUGGGCAGGCAUAAACUACGGACAACGAACAGAAUAGCAUUUUAUCGAUGGCAAUUUGAAUGCACAGAAAUACCUUGAGGAGAUCCUGAGGCCCAUUUUUAUUUUUUUGUGGGGGGGGGGGGGGAUCUGUGACCAACAGAUGCAUAUCUGUAUUCCCAGUCAUGGGAAAUCCAUAGAUUGGGGCCACAUUUUUAUUUAUUUAAUUGACUGAUUUCCUCAGAUGAACUAUAACUCAGUCAAAUCUUUGAUAUUUUUGCAUGCUGCGUAUAUAUUUUUGUUCAGUAUAGUUGACAUCAGUGAAGUUUUCUGUCAUCUCUGCUUCUUUCGCGGAGCAAACAUUACUUUACUGACCCUCCCUUAUCUUUAUUUUCAACUCUCCAUUUCGCAACUUUUCUCUUAUUGAAUUAAACACCAACAUUGUCCUUUUUGCAUUUGGUGAUUGGCAUGUAGGCUGUUUGGCGUGCGUACAGUUUGGCCCUAAACCUUAUAGACUUACGCACAAAUGCCAGAUAGCCUAAAAAUAAUGAAAGAAAAACCUCAACGUAGCCUAUAGCUAUGAAUUGCACGAGUCAUACAUUUCUGAAUUUUUUAUGUAUUGUUUUCUCUUUAUUCAACCCACCUGCCACCUACCCGCCCUUCAUCCACACAAUAUUUAAUGACUCUAAACCCACGUAUCACUAAUCUGCGCCGCGGGGAGACAAAGAAAAACAAUGUCAUACGACACCAUUGUCUUCCUCCUCCCCACCUGGAAUUACACACAGCUACAAUACUGUUAUUGACUUGCUAUGCAGAAAGACUUGGUAUGUACACAAACACACAUUUUAAAUAUUUUUUUAAUCCACAAAUCACAUUACAUCAUAAAGGAUUCAAACAUUUCAAAGGCCGUUGAUGCAAGGACACUUAAGGAAACAAAAAGCACCUUCUCCUCCACAUAGCUACAGUGAGGGAAAAAAGUAUUUGAUCCCCUGCUGAUUUUGUACGUUUGCCCACUGACAAAGAAAUGAUCAGUCUAUAUUUUUAAUGGUAGGUUUAUUUGAACAUUGAGAGACAGAAAUAACAAAAAUAAAAUCCCAGAAAACGCAUGGUCAAAAAUGGUUAUAAAUUGGAUUUGCAUUUUAAUGAGGGAAAUAAGUAUUUGACCCCCCUCUCAAUCGAAAAGAUUUUCUGGCUCGCAGGUGUCUUUUUAUACAGGUAACGAGGCCUGAGAUAUAAAUAGAUAAUAAUAUAAUAUGCCCAUUUGCAUAGACGCUUUUAUCCAAAGCGACUUACAUCAAUGCGUGCAUAAGUUUUUUUUGUUACCUGUAUAAAAGACACCUGUCCACAGAAGCAAUCAAUCAAUCAGAUUCCAAACUCUCCACCAUGGCCAAGACCAAAGAGCUCUCCAAGGAUGUCAGGGACAGGAUUGUAGGCCUACACAAGGCUGGAAUGGGCUACAAGACCAUCGCCAAUCAGCUUGGUGAGAAGGUGACAACAGUUGGUGUGAUUAUUCGCAAAUGGAAGAAACACAAAAUAACUGUCAAUCUCCCUCGGCCUGGGGCUCCAUGCAAGAUCUCACCUUGUGGAGUUGCAAUGAUCAUGAGAACGGUGAGGAAUCAGCCCAGAACUACACGGGAUGAUCUUGUCAAUGAUCUCAAGGCAGCUGGGACCAUGGUCACCAAGAAAACAAUUGGUAACACACUAUGCCGUGAAGGACUGAAAUCCUGCAGCGCCCGCAAGGUCCCCCUGCUCAAGAAAGCACAUAUACAGGGCCGUCUGAAGUUUGCCAAUGAACAUCUGAAUGAUUCAGAGGAGAACUGGGUGAAAGGGUUGUGGUCAGAUGAGACCAAAAUCGAGCUCUUUGGCAUCAACUCAACUCGCCAUGUUUGGAGGAGGAGGAAUGCUGCCUAUGACCCCAAGAACACCAUCCCCACCGUCAAACAUGGAGGUGGAAACAUUAUGCUUUGGGGCGUGUUUUUCUGCAAAGGGGACAGGACAAAUUCACCACAUCAAAGGGACGAUGGACGGGGCCUUGUAACGUCAAAUCUUGGGUGAGAACCUCCUUCCCUCAGCCAGGGCAUUGAACAUGGGUCAUGGAUGGGUAUUCCAGCAUGACAAUGACCCAAAACACACGGCCAAGGCAACAAAGGAGUGGCUCAAGAAGAAGCACAUUAAAGUCCUGGAGUGGCCUAGCCAGUCUCCAGACCUUAAUCCCAUAGAAAAUCUGUGGAGGGAGCUGAAGGUUCGAGUUGCCAAACGUCAGCCUCGAAACCUUAAUGACUUGGAGAAGAUCUGCAAAGAGGAGUGGAUCAAAAUCCCUCCUGAGAUGUGUGCAAACCUGGUGGCCAACUACAAGAAACAUCUGACCUCUGUGAUUGCCAACAAGGGUUUUGCCACCAAGUACUAAGUCAUGUUUUGCAGAGGGGUCAAAUACUUAUUUCCAUCAGUAAAAUGCAAUUCAAUUUAUAACAUUUUUGACAUGCGUUUUUUCUGGAUUAUUUGUUGUUAUUCUGUCUCUCACUGUUCAAAUAAACCUACCAUAAAAAUUAUAGACUGAUCAUGUCUCUGUCAGUGGGCAAACGUACAAAAUCAGCAGGGGAUCAAAUACUUUUUUCCCUCACUGUAGGCUCCCCCAUAACAGCUGAAACACAGCAGUACCUUCUCCUCCACACAGCUCCCCCAAAACAGCUGAAACAGAGCAGUACCUUCUCCUCCACACAGCUAGGCUCCCCCAUAACGGCUGAAACAGAGCAGUACCUUCUCCUCCACACAGCUAGGCUCCCCCAUAAUGGCUGAAACAGAGCAGUACCUUCUCUUCCACACAGCUCCCCCAUAAUGGCUGAAACAGAGCAGUACCUUCUCCUCCACACAGCUAGGCUCCCGCAUAAAGACUGAAACAGAGCAGUACCUAGUCAGUUGUUUUGUACUACUCUUAGGCAGGCAUGGAAUCUGAAGGCCACGUACCGAAAGCCUAAGUGGUUCAGACUACCAAAUAUCAAUGCUUCUGCAUCACAGGCCGUCCAAGUGUGAUAUGAGGGGCUGCUAUUUAAGGAGCUUUUCAGAAAAGUCCUGCUCCAUGUAACAGUUCAGUGAGCAGCCCACUCAUCACCUCCCUCUGGCGUCCCCCACAACAACAAUCUCUGGCUUAUUCGCCAGACAAGAAAACACAUUAUCAUUAAGCUCAAACCAGGUUCCUCUGACAAGUGAAUGUCUGUGAGUCUGUGCUGUUGGUGAGACCACCUGUCUCACCUCAGUAGCUACCAGGUUGAUGUCUAGCAAUAAAAGUAUUUGUAUGAACGGCAACCAUUAACAACAUGUGCAACAGACUCCAUUACAUUUAACUCAGGGUGUGAAAUACAGAAGGGAUCCUGGUUUGCAGGGUACCAGAGUGUUAGGUUGUAUUUUGUUGGUAGAACUUGCAGCCUCGCCUUAACAGUAAAGGUGAGAAUGUUCUCACCAAUGGCAGCAUUCUGGUACAUGGAAUGGGAGACAAAGUGGUCAGCACAGUCCAGAGCAGCAAGUUUCUCCUGCAGCCUCAGGCCAGUCCAGUGCUGCCGUAUCUACAUCCGUCUGAUACCGAGGCGUGUUGUCCUCGAUGUAGGAUGAGAUGUUCCAUCAUGGGUGACAGAAGCCUCCACAACAACACAGGAGUCUGCAACAACUGCAUCAGAGGCAGUCACACACAAACGCUCACACACUCAGCUGGAAAUGCUUGCCUGUGUGCGUUUUCCUAGCUGCGGGAGUCUGCCAGCUCCUCGGUAGAAACUGAGCCAGAACAACCAAGCCACACCUGCCAGAUCCAAUUGAUCCAGUCUGAACUAUCUCCUCCUAAACUGACACUGGAGAUAGGAACAAUUGAACCCCUUUGAGUAUUUUAGCGCUGGCCCUGAAAUAAAUUCACCUCUCAGACAUAAAUGAACUGUGACUGAAUAAAUGAAAAAAAGACGUUGCUCAGAAUCUAUUUUUUUCUCUUUCUCUAUCCCUCUAUCCCUAUUCCAUUUUGAAGGCUGUUAUUUCUCCCUUAACUCUCUUUCUUUCAUCUCUCCUACUACAGAAUCGUCAUCGUCUGUGAUCGUUUUUAUGGAUACCACGACAACGCGGACUACAACUCGACCGACGACGGUUUCCACAACGACCACGUCAACAACCAGUUCCACCACGACCACCAGGGCCUCUGCGACGACCCCCGUUGCCCAGCGACCACACACCACCUUGACUACCCUGCCGCCGCCAUUGCCGCCAGCAGAGGGCAAUAUCCCAGAGGGCAACACAAGGUCGUCCCCGUCCUCCAAGCUCCCCAACAUUGGCAUUGAGUACUGUAACCCCAUGAUCAUGUCAGACGUGUCCUGGCCCAAGACCAGACAGGGACUGGUGACCAGGCAACCAUGCCCGACUGGAACAAUAGGUAAUGGGUUUGUUCUACUUAAUACUGUGGUUAGUCUGCAGCGGGAUGGCAUUUAUUGUCAUGAAUCUUGACCUGGAAGCAGCUCUGCAGAAUGGUGACUACAGCCACAAAGUAAUCAAAUCUGAUUUUAAACCUAACCUUAACCUUACCCACACUGCUAACCCUAAUGCCUAACACUAACCUUAAGUUAAGACCAAAAAGUUCAUUUUUGUUUUCAUGAACUUUGACGAUAUAGCCAAUUUUGACUUUGCAGCUUGCCCAUCUAACGGAAAUCGCUCAGUUCUGCCUCCAGGACAAGAUUCAUGACAGUAAACAUCAACCUUCUAGCCUGCGUCUGGUAAAAGUACAUAAACCACUAUAGGCCUACACUAUGGUCAUGUACAGUUGGUAGUUGCCAAAUAUAGCAACUCACUGUCCGGUUGAAUUAUCAUGACCAGUGCGACAAACAUGUCGGUUUAAUGUGUGAGUUAUGGCAUCAAAUAACAGCUUAAAGCACUAUGUAGUACAGGCAAUGUAGAGAAUGUCUGAAGUAUCACCAAAAUAGAUCAGUGAUCCCUGCAGGAAUCAAACCCACGACCUUGCUAGCGCCACGCUCUUACCAACUGAACCACUGUAUGGAAUAUUGAACUAUGAUUGAAUUAUGCAUAAGGAUGCAAAUGGCCAUGAGCCAUGAGUCUGGCCCUCAGAGACAAACCAGAAUCCUCUGCAGGCUCCUGAAUUGGCCCCUCAGGAAUGGAGCUGAUCAGAAAAGGAAGAGCUUUCCCCUUAAAUUUGCUCUUUCUCACUGGGGGUGAAUUUCCAAAUUAAGUCAUGCAGUUAAAUCAAUUAAUGCUGAAACCUCUUCCCCCCUUCAGUUUUCCUACCUAAAUUUGUCGUCAAACACAUUCUGGUGUCACUUUUCUCAACUCUGUACGGCUACCAAUGUUCAACUCAUUAGGAAAGCAUAUUGAAGUAUGAUAUUUGGCACGCCUGAAUGUUGUCCUGAAUGUUGUCCUGAAUGUUAUUUACAGGUUUGUUGUUAUGUUUGUAUGUAUCCCCCCUCGCCUUAUGCUUGACUCGCUGAGAGUAGAGAAGCUAAAGAUGGUGGAAACCUCCCCUAUGCUUCUUCAUUUCCAGGAAACAAUUCCAAGUCUAAUUAAUUAACACUAAAAUGUGGUUGGGUGUGCUCUUUAACGAGGGCACUUGUUCGUAAGGCGCCACUUCACUUGUUUCUUCCUCUCCUCCUGUGCCAACUGGUAUCAAUUGUCACAGGCCUAAAGGAAUGUAUACCAACAUAUUAAGGUCCAUAGAAGAUCAAGCGCCUCUGAUAUUAAGGGAAAUGGUUUUGAAGUCAAUAGUAAGCAUAGAUCUACAUGGAGAGAGUGAUAUCAAAGAGAGAUGGAAGAAAUACAUGUGAUUGUUGCCGUUAGAAUCAGGAUUAGAAGAUUUGCGUUGGAACAUGGCGCCCAACAUGGGGUUGGUUAGGGUGUCAGCGGUUGUGUCCCAGUGCUGUUCAGGGCUCAUAUUCACAAAGUAUCAAAGUUGAAGUGCUGAUAUAGGGUCAGUUUUGCUGUUUAGAUCAUAAUGAAUAAGAUUUUAUGGAAAGGACGGGGGCCUGAUCCUAGAUCAGCACUACUAUUUAAAGAUACUUUUUGAUUACAAGCCCAGAAAUAUUGCAACCCGGUUUGGGGACUGUCUUGUCUCCCGCCUUCUUCUCCUCAUUAACUGGCGACAUCAGUCCCCGCGACGAGGCCUCUCGAACGCCUCCGGUGUACGGCAAGACAAGAGGGACACAAAACCACCGCCCCUCUGUGCGUCUCUCUUCAAAGCCGCCACACUUCCGACGGUCGAAGUAGAGGACGGCUUUGAGUUUCCUUACAGGCUGUCUUUGAAAGUUCCUUGAAUCCCUACCGUAUCUCUCUUUCUCUCUCUCUCUCUCUCUCUCUCUCUCUCUCUCUCUCUCUCUCAUCAUCCUCAUCUCUCUCCCAUCUCUCCUCAUCCCUCAUUCUCUCCUCGCUCGCUCAUCCUCUCCUCCGAUCUCUCUCUCUCAUCAGACUCUCUCUACUUCCUUCUCCUCAUUCUCAUCUUCUCUCCCCAUCUUUAUCUCUUGCUCCUCUCUGUCAGGUUGAGGCCUAUCUGAUAAACCCAUCAAACGUUAGGAAGUCCAAGGAGGACUGGGAAGGGAAUUAUGUGUCAGUCAAAGUUGAUAUCAGUUAAUGUUAGCUGUCUGUCUCCCCCUCCCUCUCUCUAUAUCCCAUAGACAUGUACCAAUCGGAGACUAGCGUUUUUCUUCCCCAGUCAUGGAGUUGAUAGUUUAUAAAAAUACACAAUUGCAGUUUAUACACAGAUUGAAUAUAAACACUUUCAAUGGCAUAGCCCACAUUAUGAACUUGUCCUGUUUCCCUCUAUCUGUAUCCCUUUAAAAUGCGAUGCGUCCCAAAUUCCACCCUAUUCCCUUUUCAGUGCACUACUUUUGACCAGAGCCCUUAGGGGAGGGUGAGUUUGUAUAGACGCAAUUACAGUUUAUACGCAGAGUUAGUAAAAGCACUGAUAGGGGCGUAGUCCCAUUUUUAACUGACCCUUUUUCAGAAGCCCUUUGUGACCCAAAAGCCACACAUGCACACACACACACACACACACACACACACACACACACACACACACACACACACACACACACACGUCGCUCCACAUCCUCAUCAGUACCAGUCGUCUCCCUCAGGCAGCAUUAAUUGACCUUUCGUAACGAACUCCAGGAUUUCCAACUUAAUUGGAACACAGUUUGGUGUAUUUUUGCCAGGAGUUCAACUGUCGCACCCGUUUAACAAAUGCAGAGGUGCUCCGACUCUUAAUUACUAGAUUCACACACUAUCCAAUAUACCUGACUUCAUUUAACAUGUGGAGAUGAAACCAGUCGAUUACAUUCAUUUGUCAUAUCCCCAAAUAUAUUUAUUUUACCAUUAAGUGGAAUUGGUUUUAAGGACAUGGUGGUUUGAUUGGGAAAUUUAUAUUUUGGGGGCAAAUUCGUGACAUGCACGUUCAUACAGACAAACACCAACAGAUUGUAUGAGGAUGAACAAUGAAGAUGCAAACAAACAAAACUGUUGUGAGAAUACAGUUGUUUCGAAGCACGCGUCUCGCAAUGGGAUAGUUUUUUACCCUGGGGGAUUGUUGGAUAAAAGUAUGGUCUUAAGAGUGGUGUUGAUCCCCAAUACUGCUCCCAACUCUCCCCUUCCAGACAUACGUUCAGGGGACUAUCGUUUGUUUUCUUACCAACAUGGUAAUUGUCGCUGGUAGCAUUGCAUUGAUCUCCAGGGAUAGCUUUGAGAUAUGAAUCCCAGUGUUUUGCUCUAUUGCCUCUAACUCUGAGUAUUGUUUUCUUCCACAGGCGUGGCCAUGUAUCUGUGUAUGGGGCCCGAAGGAUACUGGGACCCCCAAGGGCCCAACCUCAGCAACUGUACGUCCCCGUGGGUCAAUGUCAUCACCCAGAAGGUAAGGGGCCCCCAAGAGGACCAACUCACGGACACACACUUCAUGCUUGGCAAUUCACACUUGUUCACUUGGCAACAAUGGAAACCUCUUCGACUAAGGGGAUACUAUGCCCAUCCUUCCAUCCUCUAGGCUAGGGCCACUGUGUUCCACAGGUUUUCUUUGUCCCUGCUGAGAAGAACUUAGUCAAUUAAUGUCCACUCACUACAGACCCAAGGACCACAGUUGAAAGCAGCCAUCUUAGAACACUUUCCUACCUACUGCAUUGAGUUCACAAUGUUGGCCAAUACACCCACUACACAAUUAUGGCCCCCCAUUCUGCCAUUUUCUUUAGGCCCAGAGGCGUCAAUCUCAUUCCCCCGGAACGAGAAUUACUCGAAGAGCUCCACGCAUUCUGUGUUUAAAUCUAUAAUGGAGUGGCAGACACAGAAGAGAUGGUUAUUGGGGCUACAGCAGUAGCACUAGUAGUACUAGUAGCAUCACUAUCCCUGUUUAUGAAAUGCAUCGGAUCUCAAAAACUCCCAGGAGCCCAAGGCAUGCCGGCAAUAACACUUAUAAUCCACUCCAGAGCGGCAAAUUGCAGCCCCUUAACCAACAGAGCUUUGUGGAUAUGGAUCCACAAGUGGCUAAAAAAGUGAGAGCAAGAGGGAGGUAAAGAGAGAGAGAGAGAUAGAGGGGUAGAGAGAUAAUGCUAGAGAGAGGGAGGUAGGGAGAGAGAGAGAGAGAGAGAGAGAGAGAGAGAGAGAAGUAUCAGGUGCAUUUUUUGCAAUGUGCGGUAAAAGUCUACCGUGGGCUGAUGUUUUGGGUAUUAACUACAGCUCAGUGGCAUUCUGUUGAAAUCGAUAUGGAGAUGAUUCCACUCCAUUCCAUUCUGUACUAUCCUUUACCAUAAUGUCGCUCUCUGUUUCCUGACUCACAUUCUUAGUCUAUUAUAGUGUACAUCCUAACUACAGUAUCUCACAUGCAAAGCAGCACAAAACUUGACACCUAUACACCUUUCCCAUAUACACAUACUUAGUGGGAGUGACUAUCGGAAUAUGGAUACAUUUUUAACAAAAGUGUUAUUAAUCUUUAUUACGCAAAUUAGGCAUGAGCGAUGUGCCUGUCAUCCCUCGUUGUCGCUGUGGCGACAGGGAAUUUAAAUGAAGAUCAACCUGUCAGGCGUCCCAGAAUUCCGUCUGGCGCAUAUUUUCACAGCACUGUCCCUGGUUCUUCUCAUUAACAGGAAGACGCAGAGAGAUGAACUCCGUGAGAUAGGGAGUGGCUGGUAGAGGCUGAGAGAGAGCAAUGACAGACCUCACUUUUUCUUACUGUGGCCAUAGCUCUUCUUAUUAAGAGAAAUAGAGAAACCGAGAGGGAGAGAAGAAGAGACGUGGGAGAGAAGAAGAGACGUGGGAGAGAGGGAGAGAAGAAGAGAUGUGGGAGAGAGGGAGAGAAGAAGAGACGUGGGAGAGAGGGAGAGAAGAAGAGAUGUGGGAGAGAGGGAGAGAAGAAGAGAUAUGGGCGAGAGGGAGAGAAGAAGAAGAGAGAGAGCUUCUCUACUCUCCACACACUGUCCACACAGGAUCAGGGUUCUCAAAGAAAGGCAAAUUAA